AAAUAAGAAACUAAAAUUGUCACAUUAGCCUAAGAGAGACAUAGCUACAUCCAUUAUUUCUCUCUAAUAUGACAAGACUGGAUGUUGUCCACUUGUAAAUGAGAUUAAUAUAUUUUAUGUGAUGAAUUGAUGAUUGGGGUAUGAUUAGUUUUUCUAUUAUGUAAUUUAUGAUUGAUUAAUGAAAAAGACGCAAACACAUAGAUGUAGUUAGAUUUCCGUGGUGUUAAAUGAAUUUCUUGUCCAGUACUUUGACAAUGGAAACAUCGAUUCUUGAGACUCCAUUGUGUUCAGACCAACAUGAACUGGAUGCCCAAACAUUUGAUCAAGGUUGUUGCAGCAGAGAACAUGUUGUUGAGGAAGCUAAAAAGCAAUUAUGGCUAGCAGGACCACUUAUUGCCGUUAGUUUGUUGCAGUAUAGCUUACAAAUGAUAUCUAUUAUGUUUGUUGGUCAUCUUGGUAAACUUCCUCUUUCAGGUGCUUCUUUGGGAAACUCCUUUGCCUCAGUCACUGGCUAUAGUGUUUUGUUAGGAAUGGGAAGUGCAUUGGAGACACUAUGUGGCCAAGCCUAUGGAGCUAAGCAGUAUCACAUGCUAGGAGUUCACACACAAAGGGCAAUGCUAGUCCUUCUGGUGUUGAGCAUUCCCUUAUCUUUAAUCUGGUUUAACACAAGCAACCUUCUCAUAGCAUUAGGCCAAGACUAUGAAAUAUCAACAGAAGCUGGAACAUUUAAUAGGUGGAUGAUCCCUGGCCUUUUUGCUUAUGCCAUCAUUCAAUGCCUCAACAGAUUUCUACAAACACAAAACAAUGUUCUUCCAAUGCUUAUAAGCUCUGGAAUCACAACUUUGGUACACCUUGUCUUUUGUUGGGUUUUUGUGUUUGAAUAUGAAUUAGGAAUCAAAGGCGCAGCCUUGGCAAUAAGCUUGUCCUAUUGGGUUAAUGUGUUCAUGUUGGUGAUUUACAUAAAUUCAGCUACAGCUUGUGCAUCAACUUGGACUGGAGUUUCGAAAGAAGCUUUGAAUGAUAUUCUUAGUUUUUUAAGGCUUGCGAUGGCUUCAACACUUAUGAUAUGUUUAGAAUAUUGGUCCUUCGAGAUGGUUGUUCUUCUCUCUGGCCUUCUACCAAACCCACAACUAGAGACAUCUGUACUAUCAAUAAGCCUUAAUACAUGUUGGAUGGUCUAUAUGAUCUCUGUUGGUCUUGGUGGUGCCAUAAGCACACGAGUGUCAAAUGAAUUGGGUUGUGGGAAUGCAAAAGGUGCACUUUUGGCUCUCCGUGUCAUGAUUGUGAUUGCCAUAGUAGAGGGUACAACAGUAGUAUUGGUUACCAUUUUGGUAAAGAAUGUUUGGGGAAAGCUUUAUAGUAAUGAAGAUGAAGUUAUCAAGUAUGUUGCCAAGAUGAUGCCUCUCCUGGCACUGUCUGACUUCCUGGAUGGUUUCCAGUGUGUGCUUUCUGGAGCUGCUAGAGGUUGUGGUUGGCAAAAUCUAUGUGCAUCUAUAAACCUUGGUGCUUACUAUGUUGUGGGAAUUCCUUCUGCUAUCCUAUUUGCCUUUACCUUCCAUAUUGGAGGGAUGGGGCUUUGGAUGGGAAUCAUAUGUGGCCUUUGUGUUCAAGGGAUAGCUUUGGUUACAGUGAAUGCAUGCACAAAUUGGGAUAGAGAGGCUAUGAAAGCAGUUCACGCGAAUCAGAAAACUGAAGCAAUGACAGAACGGUAUAUAGAUAGGCAAACAAGUGAAUGAAGAGAUGUGAGUAUACAUAUAACUGAGUUGUUUUUGGUCAUAUUUUGAUAUAUGUGAGGGAUUUUGUACAAUUGUUGAAUUUUUAUAGGAAGCACAUCCUUGUUUGAUUUUUAUAGGAAGCACAUUUAGAUACGAGGGAUUCUGUACAAUUAUACCCUUUAAAUUAUAGUUGUCAAUUUUUUUAGAUA